ACCACCACAACACUCGCCAGCCGCUUCCACUCCCCGUGACGCUCGGAUUUCCGCCUCCUCUGCGUCUGAUCUCUGCAUGCGCCUGGCUCUGACCCGUCUCUGGUCUGGCCGUCAUCUGCUCGCUGCCUCGCCCUUGCGCCACGCCCUGCUCGCCGCCCGACCUCCACUUGCCGCCUUCGCGAUGCCCGAGCGACGCGUCUCUGUCCGUGUAGCUGCGGCUGCCGCAUCCAAGCCUGCUGCUACGGAUGCUGCGGCAGCUGACGCUCCAGUGGCGGCCGCAUCGCCAAAGAAGGCAGCGCCCAAGAAGGCCCCGGCCAAGCGCAAGGCAUCGCCGCCUACCGCUGAGGCGCCCGAGCAGCCCGAGCCCGGCGCUCCCGCAGCCUCGCCGAGCAAGAAGAAGGCCAAGGCCGCUGCGACCGCCGAGGCCAGUGACGUGCCCGAUGAGGCAGCUGCGACGCCGCGCAAGAAGAAGGGCAAGGCGGCUGCCGACCCGGAUGCCGAGCGGCACCCCUCUGCUCCGCUCGGCGGUGCAGCGCUCGACACGCUCGCCGCCGAGGGCCUGCCGCGCAACGCCGACAUGCCGCAGGAGCUGAGCUAUGCGCCGCGGCCAAAGGGCCAGAUCCGCAUCGCCUCCUGGAACAUCACGUCGCUGGCGUCUGCGGAAAAGAAGGGGAUGCUGCGCUACUUGAUGGCUGAGGACGCAGACAUUGUCGUGCUCACCGAGACCAAGGUCAACGAUGUGCCGCGCCACCCGGCACUGCUGGCCAAGUGGCCGCACCAGACGUGGGGCAUCGGCGCGAAGAAGGGCUACGCAGGCAUUGCGCUGCUCAGCAAGAUCGAGCCGCUGCGCACCUCGUGUGGCCUGCCGGGCGACCUCAAGGCCGAGACGAAGGGCCGCGUCAUCACGGCCGAGUACGACAAGUACAUUCUCGUCGGCACGUACGUUGUGAAUGCUGGCGAGGGCCUCAAGACGAUGCCGGAGAAGCAAGCAUGGAACGCAGCCUUCGCUGCGCACGUCGCCGAGUGCGACUCGCGUAAGCCAGUGAUCUGGUGCGGCGAUCUGAACGUCGUGAUCGACCACCGAGACCUGGCCUCAGCAUCGAAGAAGUGGAACAAGUCUCCGGGGUACACCGAGAUUGAGUGCGAGGCGCAUCGCAAGUUCCUCGCAGGCGAAGCCCACGACGGUGCUCAGCCAUUCGUCGACGUCUGGCGGGAGAAGCACCCCGACGCCGUCGGCCACUACAGCUUCUACGGCUUCCGCGGCAUGUGCCGGGCCAAGGGCAUCGGGUGGCGACUCGACUCCUUCAUCGUCUCGAAGCGAGCGGCAGAUGCUGUCCAGCAGUGCGCGAUCCGGCACGAGGCGUACGGUGCGAGUGACCACGUGCCUGUCAUUGCAGAUGUGGUAUGGUAGGCGAUGUGUAGAAUACAGAUGGAUGGACGAUCAGGAGUCAG